AUGGGGCUCAAGGCGCGCAGGGCGGCGGGGGCCGGCGGCGGCGGCGGCGGGGGCGGCGGAGGCGGCGGGGCCGCUAACCCUGCCGGAGGGGACUCGGCGGCCGCGGGCGACGAGGAGCGCAAAGUGGGGUUGGCGCCGGGCGACGUGGAGCAAGUCACCUUGGCGCUGGGGGCCGGAGCUGACAAAGACGGGACCCUGCUGCUGGAGGGCGGUGGCCGCGAAGAGGGGCUGCAGAGGACCCCGCAGGGCAUCGGCCUCCUGGCCAAGACCCCCCUGAGCCGCCCGGUCAAGAGGAACAACGCCAAGUACCGGCGCAUCCAAACUUUGAUCUACGACGCCCUGGAGAGGCCGCGGGGCUGGGCGCUGCUCUACCACGCGCUGGUGUUCCUGAUUGUCCUGGGCUGCUUGAUUCUGGCUGUGCUGACCACGUUCAAGGAGUACGAGACGGUAUCUGGAGACUGGCUACUGCUGCUGGAGACAUUUGCUAUUUUCAUCUUUGGAGCUGAGUUUGCUCUGCGGAUCUGGGCCGCCGGAUGUUGCUGCCGAUACAAAGGCUGGCGGGGACGGCUGAAGUUUGCCAGGAAGCCCCUGUGCAUGUUGGACAUCUUCGUGCUGAUUGCCUCGGUACCAGUAGUUGCUGUGGGAAACCAGGGCAAUGUCCUGGCUACCUCCCUGCGAAGCCUCCGCUUCCUGCAGAUCCUGCGCAUGCUGCGGAUGGACCGGAGAGGAGGCACUUGGAAGCUCCUGGGCUCAGCCAUCUGCGCCCACAGCAAAGAACUCAUCACUGCCUGGUACAUCGGGUUCCUGACACUCAUUCUAUCUUCAUUCCUUGUCUACCUGGUGGAAAAAGAUGUGCCUGAGGUGGAUGCACAAGGAGAGGAGAUGAAAGAAGAGUUUGAGACCUAUGCAGAUGCUCUGUGGUGGGGUUUGAUCACACUGGCCACCAUUGGCUAUGGAGACAAGACACCCAAGACCUGGGAAGGCCGUCUGAUUGCUGCCACUUUUUCCUUAAUUGGUGUCUCCUUUUUUGCCCUUCCAGCAGGCAUCCUGGGAUCAGGGCUGGCUCUCAAGGUGCAGGAGCAGCACCGUCAGAAGCACUUUGAGAAAAGGAGGAAGCCAGCUGCUGAGCUCAUCCAGGCUGCCUGGAGGUAUUAUGCUACCAACCCCAACAGGUUGGACCUUGUGGCGACCUGGAGAUUCUAUGAGUCAGUUGUCUCCUUCCCAUUCUUCAGGAAAGAACAGCUAGAAGCAGCAGCCAGCCAAAAGCUGGGUCUCUUGGAUCGGGUUCGCCUUUCUAAUCCUCGUGGUAGCAAUACUAAAGGAAAGCUAUUUACCCCUCUGAAUGUAGAUGCCAUAGAAGAAAGUCCUUCUAAAGAACCAAAGCCUGUUGGCUUAAACAAUAAAGAACGCUUCCGUACGGCCUUCCGCAUGAAAGCCUACGCUUUCUGGCAGAGUUCUGAAGAUGCUGGGACAGGUGAUCCCAUGGCAGAAGAUAGGGGCUAUGGGAAUGACUUCCUCAUUGAAGACAUGAUCCCCACCCUGAAGGCUGCCAUCCGAGCUGUCAGAAUUCUACAAUUCCGUCUCUAUAAAAAGAAAUUCAAGGAGACAUUGAGGCCUUAUGAUGUGAAGGAUGUGAUUGAGCAGUAUUCCGCAGGACAUCUGGACAUGCUUUCCAGAAUAAAAUACCUUCAGACAAGAAUAGAUAUGAUUUUCACCCCUGGACCUCCAUCUACUCCCAAACACAAGAAGUCUCAGAAAGGAGCAGCAUUCACAUAUCCAUCCCAGCAAUCUCCCAGGAAUGAACCAUACACAGCCAGAGCAUCCACGGCAGAAACCGAAGACCAAAGCAUGAUGGGGAAGUUUGUGAAAGUGGAAAGACAGGUGCAAGACAUGGGGAAGAAGCUGGAUUUCCUGGUGGACAUGCACAUGCAGCACAUGGAGCGGCUACACGUCACUGAGUAUCACCCGACUAAAGGCCCGUCCUCGCCAGCAGAAGGGGACAAGAAAGAGGACAACAGGUAUUCUGAUUUGAAAACCAUCAUCUGCAACUACUCUGAGACAGGACCCCCCGAGCCCCCAUACAGCUUCCACCAGGUGCCCAUUGACAGAGUUGGCCACUAUGGUUUUUUUGCACAUGACCCGGUGAACCUGUCCCAAGGGGGACCCAAUACCACAAAGACUCAGGCCACCCUUCCUUCCUCGGCCAGCACGCACGCGGAGAGGCCCACCGUUCUGCCCAUCUUGACGCUUCUCGACUCUCGUGUGGGCCACCACUCCCAGGGAGAAGCACACGGCCCCUCCUCUGACCACAUCUCUCCCAGGCAGAGACGCAGCAUCACCCGGGACAGCGACACGCCUCUGUCCCUCAUGUCGGUCAAUCAUGAGGAGCUGGAGAGGUCUCCAAGUGGCUUCAGCAUCUCCCAGGACAGAGAUGAUUAUAUGUUUGGCCCCAGUGGAGGGUCGAGUUGGAUGAGGGAGAAGCGGUACCUCGCCGAGGGGGAGACAGACACAGAUACAGACCCCUUCACACCCAGCGGCUCCAUGCCUCUGUCAUCCACUGGGGAUGGCAUUUCGGAUUCCAUAUGGACCCCUUCGAAUAAGCCCACUUAG